CGGAUAGACUCUGUGAAGCCUAGGCGUUUAAUUGCUGCAAAAAAAGGACUUAGCUCAUCAUGGGUUCGCAGUACUCGAACCAGACGUAUGAAGGAAGUGAUAUCACGGCUGUCUCCGUUUGUCUAUGGAAGUGUGACCAACACUUGACCUGACGACCUCCAUCGACCGGCCACAGCAGGCGAUGCAGUCGGAAAACUAUCGUCCAUUACUGGCGGUAGCAUGUAGAUUCGUACCUUAUGACCAAUGGUUCAUAACGCACUUGGACGAUAACCAGAAGGUCAAGCAGGUCAAGCAUUGGAUACUUUCAAAAUGUAAUAUCAUCCAAACACCGCAUCUCCCCGCUCAGCGCCCCGUUUCUCCUAUCACAUUUGCUUCCAGCAUCAGGACUCGUACGUCAGUUGAUAGUACGGACGACGGGUAUAAUGAGGAUGACGAGUAUGAGGAGGACUCGGAUGACCCGGACGUUUCAUAUCGCCACCCAGAGCUUAGGCGUCAAACUAUUUAUUCUCGUCGACCUGGAAAGCUAUUCGGUAUCCCUGUUCCUUCAUCACAGACCAUUCAGCCUGGCAGUAGCCCAAUCGUCGACCAGUAUACACUAAUUUCCUUUUCCACUGGAACAAUUCUCGAGGAUGACUAUGCACUAUCUUGGUACAACCUUCGACCUGGCGAACUUUUGGAGAUGCACCGCUCAGGAAAGGUAGUUCAAUUACCAAGAGAAGUCAUGACAGAGUAUGUCCAACCCUACUUCGAGUGUAAAGUCAGGGCUCUUCGCGCAGUAUGGAGCCCGAAGGCAGGCCGAUUCGAAUCCCCUGUAGCCAAACGGAACAGCUUAAGCGCAAAAAGCAAAGACAAGAUGUCUAUCCCCACUCCCUUGCAACCCGAAAAGAAGAGAAAGAAGGCUAAAGUCGAAUGGAAAGAUCGAUGGAUAGUUAUAAAUCAGGGGACGCUGUCACUCUGCAAGGAUUCAUCCGUUGGCACCCCUUUGCAUCAUUUUCCGCUAUCAGCAUUACGCGCGCUUCGUGGCGCAGAGUCUCUUGCAAGCGCUUGUUCCAUCAUCGCAGAGCAACGCGUCGUUUGUCUCAAGUUUCGCAGCAAGGAGCCCGUCUCCGCCUCUUCACCGCCCAUGUCUCUCCCCUCAUCUCCGAUUGCCGAAGACUGGAAGACUGACGUGCAAAUUGAAGCAAGAGACAUCGCCCCUCUACCGGAGAAGACCACUUUAACCCCAAAAGAACCUCCAGACAUUCGAGAUCACCAUAGGAAUUCCCCAUCUUCCGACUAUAGUCCGGAAGAUAUUUGCCGCGGGGAAGGCGAAUGGCUCGUCCUCGAUUUGCUUGAUGAUCAUGCUUUCUCAAACAUUCUCCGCAUCCUCCACCGCUACACUUCUCAUCCAAUAUCAUCUUCAUUUCUCCCCACUUCCUCAAUCAUCACAGUCGCGAACUAUUGGAACAACGUCCCUUCUCCCGCUCUCACGCCUUUUAUCUAUUCCUCCCCAUAUGACUCUCUUCCAUACCCAGAAUGGCGCACCAAGACCGUUGCGACCGCCCGUAAGGCUGGCAUGGGAGAUGUUGGAAAACCCCUUGCACUCGUGCUAUGGUCCGAAAGUACCCGCAGAGACCCCUCGUUGCACGAUAUCCACAAUCAGCGAUUCGUCUUCUCGCAAGGCAUAAGCUCCAAAUCUUACACGAGUUCUUAUGCACCAUAUUCAAGUUCAGUGGCGGGCGAAACCGAUGGAGAGAGUGAGAUGGAAUGGGAGGGGUGGAUGAGGGAUCUGGAGAGGCAAGGAAGGGUGAAGCAAUAUCAUCCUCAGACAACCAUGCAUUCUCCCAGCAACUCCGAGCACCAACCGCCUAGCCCUCUACCGCUAUCCUCACCACCACUUUCAGACGCAUCUUCUCAGGGCUCCCCGAGGGGCCACUCACCCCCGCACUCACCCUCCGCAUACCCCACAAUCAAUAACGUUAUCCAGAACGGGGACCCUUUUUCCCGUCCUUCUCUCGAAUCACGUGUGCCUGGGAGGAUUAAGACUACGACGGUUAGCACCGUGAGCGUGGGCACCGUGCCCUCGCCUCCGCGGAGACGGUCUUCGACACUCACUCCAGGAGGCCUGUCCAGGCUGAUGAGAGACAAGGAAAGGGGAGAUCCCGCUCGCUCAUGGACUGCUGUCAAUGGCUCGCGCCUGAACACGAACGCAGGAGCGUCAUCGUCGUCAUUGCGAGGCACCCAUAUCCGACACGCGCAUUCAGGAUCCAACCUUCGUUUGACCCCUACAGAGCACAUUGCUUCUCAACCACAUCGCGCCCAGGAUGCGGAAGGUUCGAACGGUGGGAAGAGAAGGGUUGGCAUUGUCAGGAGUAUGUCGAAAACAGCGGAAAAACUUGUCAGGGGGCUGGACGCUGCGAUAGACUUUGUUGAUAACCAUCCUUAGUAUCGGGUGUCUGUUUGUCUUCUCUCUCUUUUAUUUUUCUUUAUAGGUUAUUGAUCCUAGUAUUUAAACUUACCUUCUGUACUGUAUAUUAGUAUGUAUUCGCUCGUGCUGCAAUUAUCAUAUUGGUCUUUGCUGCCCACCGGCACAACCGAUGUUAGAUUAUACUGGGGUUCGGCGUUGCCGACG